AUGUCGAGAGUAACACCCCCGGUGGCCAAGUUCGCCCAUGCCUUGCGCAGGAUCAGCUCCAGUGCGAACGCUGGUCGUCCGUCGAGUCUUCUCGACUCCCAGGCGCGUGCAUCGAGAUAUUUACCCCGCAAUCUGAAGGAUCUCAGAGCAGAGUGCAAACAGCGAAAGCUGAAUUCGAGCGGCAACAAGGCAGAGCUUGUCGACCGUCUCGCAGCUCAUGAUCUUGUCGGAUCUCAUGGCUUCUCCACGAUGUCCGAUGGUCAUCGCCCUAUCUCCGCCCAACCCGCACCAGUCUACAAGACCGUCCCCUUAAUGCAAGGAUUCAGGUCAUCGGCUCCAAAACAAGUAGCUCACGAUUCAUCCACCAUUGACUUCUUCUUCUUUCCCGAGAUUCCCAAACCUCCGCCUCGAAACCCAUUCGCCAAACUCCGAGUCCCUCUCCUCCCAGACAACUACACUCCCAACAGAUCUCCAGACUCAGGCCAUUCGUUAGAAGAACUCGAUGCGGCUCUUCCUGGGCCAGAGAUUAGCAUUGUUGCAAGUCAUCCUGAAGAUAUCGCGCCGGCUACGAUCAGCGAAGUCGUUGGCAAUGAUGGGCUUGAUGUCGAUAUUACACAGUUGACUGGGGCCUUUACCAAGCCUCUGGUAAUUGAGGAUAAGGAGCCGGGUGUAUUUAAGGAGCUUUGGAGUGGCUUCGUCGAUGACAUUCUUGGCCCGAAAGACCCCAGGGUCGCUUAG